AUGCUUGGUUAUGAUGAAUUUUUUCCUAUUCAAAUGACAUAUAGAACUGGCCUUGCACCGUACUCUGUAGCUAUUGAUGAUUUUAACCACGACACCCGACUAGAUAUUGUAGUUGCUAAUAGGGAUAGUAACACAGUAGGUGUACUUCUCGGAUAUGGAAAUGGUUCUUUUGCUAAUCAGACGACAUAUUCAACUGAUUCUUGGCCAUUCUCUGUAGCUGUUGGUGAUUUUAACAACGACAUCAAUCUGGAUAUCGUCGUUGCUAAUCAGCAUGACAAUACUGUAAGCAUCCUUCUCGGAUAUGGCAAUGGCUCUUUUGCAAAUCAAACGACAUAUUCAACUGGCUCUGAGCCACUAACUGUAGCUGUUGGUGAUUUUAACAACGACACCCAAGUGGAUAUCGUCAUCACCAAUCUUGAUGACGACACUGUAAGUGUACUUCUCGGAUAUGGAAAUGGCUCUUUUGCCGAUGAAACGGCAUAUUCAACUGGCUCUAGCCCAAUAGCUGUAGCUGUUGGUGAUUUUAAUAAUGACACCCAACUGGAUAGCGCCGUCACUAAUUUUGAUGACAACACUAUAAGUGUACUUAUCGGAUAUGGUAAUGGCUCUUUCGCGAAUCAAACGAAAUAUUCAGCUGGCUCUAGCCCAAUAGCUGUAGCUGUUGGUGAUUUUAAUAAUGACAACCAACUGGAUAUCGUCGUUGUUAAUCAGAAUGACAACACUGUAAGUGUCCUUCUUGGAUAUGGAAAUGGCUCUUUUGCAAAUCAAACGACAUUUUCAACUGGCUCUCUGCCAGCCUCUGUAGCUGUUGGUGAUUUUAACAACGACACCCAACUGGAUAUCGUCGUUGCUAAUUUUGGUGGCAAUACUGUAAGCAUCCUUCUUGGAUAUGGCAAUGGCUCUUUUGCAAAUCAAACGACAUAUUCAACUGGCUUUGGCCCACAAGCUGUUGCUGUUGGUGACUUCAACAAUGACACUCGACCGGAUAUUGUCGUCGCUAAUUUUAAUGACGACACUGUAGGUGUACUACUUCGAUAUGACAGAGGAACUUUGAAAGAUAAAAUCACAUUUGCGCCUACCGAUGGUUCUCAUUUACGAAGCUUUGCCAUUUUUGAUUUCAAUAACGAUAGCCUAUUGGAUAUCGCCGUUGUCAAUUAUGGUACUAAUAACAUAGGUGUCAUUCUUGGAUAUGGGAAUGGCAGUUUUGGAAAUCAAAUGGUGCUCUCAACAGGCUUAAAUUCUCAUCCUGACUCAAUCGCUAUCC